AUGGCUAGUAUCGUCCUUGAUAUUUUGAAUGACAUCGUAUCGCAAGUUGUAGGGGGCUUCAUUCAAUCUAUUAAAGACGGGAUGGCCGGCCCUGUCGUCGAUCGCAUCUCUCAAGUCAUUGCAAACCAAGAGAAGAUCUUAAACGAGCUAGAGGACUUUCAGUUCAAAGUCGAAACUAUGGACGCUUUCAGGCUUAUCACGUUUUGGACAGAGAGGAUGAAGUACAUCAUCGGGGAUAAGAAAGAGAUCGAUGUUCAUGAUCAGAACUAUCAGGACUUAAUUUGUGCUUUGAGAAGCCAAACAACCGGAGUGAUUUUUCGAACAGACAACAUCUACAAAGCGAUCCUGGGGUCGGAAUCGAGCGAUAUUACGGGCGGAAAUGCCCUUCGCACCUGGCACAAUCGGUUCUACAAGAAGGCUGUCGAUCGGUCCAACUUCCGGUACUUCUUUUCCAACUACGUCGAAGACAUCGACAGCCGUAUCACUGCCGCGGCAUUCGUCCUUCGUCAGGGCCUUGUCCUGAGUUUGUUCACCGCUGCUAAUGUACAGGAAGCGGAAUACCUUCGGGAUAGAUGCCGAGAUCGUAUCCAAAACAUGUUGAAUACUGCUUCCAACUACUUCCCUCCAGCUCUACGCUUCUUCAAGAAGUCCUACGAGGACUCGGCGGAAAGGCCGUUAUCGUUCCAGCUGAAGAAGAAGGGCACUGAUGGUGAUUAUCUCUAUAUGCAGGACAUAGGUGGCACCGAACGUAUGCUUAGCGUCGGCAGUCGCCACCAGAAUGAUCCUUCCCCGCACAGAUUCUCACUCGAACACCGCGCUCAGGCGUUGGCUCCGAUGCAGCUUCUUUGCGAUUGGGUCGACAACGGGAAUCACCGCGUUCAUGCGCGUCUCACUAAAGCCGUCAGUCAGUGGGGAGUCGAUGAAGACCUAAGCUUUACGACAAACACGGGAUCGGGUGUGGUCGGGACCAUCCGCUUUUCUACUCACCCAAUCCUUUUCAAGGUCAUUCCUGCGGAAGGGAAGGAUCUGUAUCUCGUUCCCUUCUACGAGAAGGGAAGCAAAGAGCAAGGCAAAGAGAAAGGCAAAGAUCAAGGCGAAGAGCAAGGCGAAGAGCAAGAUGAAGACAAAGACAAAGACAAAGACAAAGACGAAGACAAAGGCAAAGAGGCCGUCGACACUUACAAAAUAUUUCGUUCAACCUUCGUCAUUAACGAGCUUUAG